GGUCCCAUGCUCUCCACCUAACAGUUCUCCUGAACCUAAACCCUGAAAAAACAUUUUUCCUCUUCCCUGUGCACAACGCAACCGCACGCCGCCCGGCGCCGCCACUAUGAACAUCUCAACCAUGGGGCUCGAUGCCAGCUCAAUCACAACGGCGACAGCCACCGCGACGGCGAAGGUGAGUCACCGGAGUGGGAUCAUCGGUUACAAUGGGACCAAUAGUUGUAGGCUCAUUCAGUUCCAGCAAAGGAAGAAGAAGGCUUCUUCAUUGAUCGUUUGUUCGACAAAGCCGCUUUCCUCGGUAGUGGAUCGUCAAGGGGUCAACGAGUCAGGACUGAGUCGAAUUGAGUCACUGAGUCAGGUAUCAGGCGUGCUGGGUUGUCAAUGGGGUGAUGAAGGAAAAGGAAAGCUCGUUGAUAUAUUGGCUAAGCAAUUUGAUAUUGUUGCUCGUUGUCAGGGAGGAGCCAAUGCUGGGCACACUAUUUACAAUUCUGAGGGGAAGAAGUUUGCUCUGCACCUUGUCCCUUCAGGGAUUCUCAAUGAGGAAACUAUAUGUGUUAUUGGUAACGGAGUUGUGGUACAUCUACCAGGACUUUUUAAUGAAAUUGACAAUCUUGAAUCUAAUGGAGUUUCUUGCCAAGGAAGGAUUUUGGUAUCCGAUCGUGCUCAGUUGUUAUUUGAUUUUCACCAAGAAGUAGAUGGGCUUAGAGAAGCUGAGCUAGAUAAGUCCUUUAUUGGAACCACCAAGAGAGGCAUUGGGCCUUGCUAUUCAAGCAAGGUUAUUCGAAAUGGCAUAAGGGUAAGUGAUUUAAGGCAUAUGGACACAUUCCCCCAAAAGCUUGAUCUUUUAUUAUCAGAUGCCGCUUCAAGAUUCCAAGGUUUUAAGUAUAGCCCUGACAUGCUCAGGGAGGAAGUGGAACGCUAUAAGAAAUUUGCUGAGAGGUUGGAACCUUUCAUUACAGAUACCGUGCACUUCAUGAAUGAUGCUAUAUCUCAGAAAAAGAAGAUUUUGGUAGAAGGUGGUCAGGCAACUAUGCUGGAUAUCGAUUUUGGGACAUAUCCUUUUGUCACUUCAUCCAGUCCAUCAGCUGGUGGAAUCUGCACAGGUCUUGGAAUUGCUCCCAGAGUUGUCGGUGAUCUUGUUGGUGUGGUUAAGGCAUAUACGACAAGAGUUGGUUCUGGUCCUUUCCCAACAGAACUCAUGGGCAAAGGUGGUGAUGUUCUUCGUUCUGCUGGGCAGGAGUUUGGCACAACUACUGGACGCCCUCGUCGCUGUGGUUGGCUAGACAUAGUUGCACUGAGAUACUGCUGUCAAAUAAAUGGAUUUGCUUCUCUAAACCUGACAAAACUAGAUGUGCUGUCAGAUCUAUCAGAAAUUCAGUUGGGUGUUACUUACAGGCAUCCUGAUGGUUCAACAUUAAAUUCUUUUCCUUCUGAUCUAACUCUUCUCGAACAAAUAAAAGUGGAGUAUGAAGUUUUGCCUGGAUGGCAGACUGAUAUUUCUUCCAUCAGGAAGUAUUCUGACUUGCCCAAGGCUGCACGCGAGUAUGUAGAAAGGAUAGAGGAGCUUGUUGGGGUACCUAUCCACUACAUUGGUAUUGGGCCUGGUCGUGACGCCCUUAUCUACAAGUGAUUUUAGAUAUUUUCAUCAUAUUACCAGAAUCAUAUUCUUCAAAUUGCUGGUAAACCUUAGCUAAGCUUGUAGUAACUUUAGGCAUUAUCAGUUUGAUGUCGUUGCUUAAUGUAACAAUAAUGUACUUGUUGUUUUUAAAGCUAGAUAUACCCCCUCCCUGUUUUCCUUUCGGGAUUUUGUUGAACCUCCCAAGGAAAAGUCAGUUAAGAACGCCACUAGCUUACUUGAGUGA